UGCAAGCAGAACUGAAAAAGUUCAUAGAGCCGAAGUGCAGGAUGUCCCGUUAAGGAGAAAAAAAAAUCCUGCAGAGGAGCAGAGGCAACACAAGCUGACGGGGUGGAAAGACUGCAACCGAGAGAGAACGGCAUUUACCACAGCUAAGACACAGUAAAACAGAGGAAAAUGGGCUUUCCGACGAUAUUUAGUUGUCGUCGGACGGUUCUCAAAGUAUUUUUGGUUCAGUUCAUCGCUUUUCAAGCAACAUAUGCUGCCCCAUCGCCUAUUAUCAGGUUUCCUGGAGACGAUACCCCCAGAACAGACAAAGAAGUUGCUCUGCACUAUCUGAAUAAGUUUUAUGGAUGCCCACAAGACAGAUGUAACCUUAUGGUGCUUAAGGACACCCUGAAGAAAAUGCAAAAGUUCUUUGCUCUGCAAGAAACUGGAGAGAUUGAUGCCAAAACUGUGGAUAUCAUGAGAAAGCCCCGCUGUGGCGUCCCAGAUGUGGCCAAUUACAACUUCUUCCACAGGAAACCCAUGUGGCAAAAGAAAGACGUCACUUACAGAAUCCUCGGAUACACUCCCGAUCUGGAUGAGGAGGUCAUAAAUGAUGCUUUCUUCAGAGCCUUCAAAGUAUGGAGUGACGUCACCCCGCUCUCAUUUACCCGCCUCAUGGACGGAGAGGCUGACAUCAUGAUUAAUUUUGGCCGCAAUGAGCAUGGAGAUGGUUACCCCUUCGACGGCAAAGAUGGCCUCUUGGCUCAUGCUUUCGCUCCAGGGCCAGGAAUUGGGGGAGACUCCCAUUUUGAUGAUGAUGAGCAGUGGACGCUGGGAGACGGCCAAGUGGUGAAGGUGAAGUUUGGCAAUGCUGAUGGAGAGUUCUGUAAAUUCCCCUUCCUGUUCAUGGGCACCGAGUACAACAGCUGUACCUCUCAGGGCCGUGACGAUGGCUUCCUGUGGUGCUCAACUACCUACAACUUUGAUGAAGAUGGCAAAUAUGGCUUCUGCCCCCAUGAGUUACUAUUCACCUUGGGUGGCAACGGAGAUGGCGCUCCAUGUAAAUUUCCCUUCAACUUUCAGGGAGUGAAGUAUGAUGGAUGCACCACUGAAGGCAGGGAUGAUGGUUACCGCUGGUGUGCCACCACUGAGGACUAUGACCGCGACAAAUCCUUCGGUUUCUGCCCUGAAACUGCCAUGUCAACAGUGGGAGGAAAUGCAGAGGGAAGCCCCUGUGUCUUUCCCUUCACCUUCUUGGGAGACACAUAUGAGUCCUGCACCACUUCUGGACGAAGCGAUGGCAAAAUGUGGUGCGCUAGCACCAAGAGCUAUGAUGAUGACCGCAAAUGGGGUUUCUGUCCUGACCAAGGAUACAGUUUGUUCCUGGUGGCAGCCCAUGAGUUUGGUCAUGCCCUUGGCUUGGAGCACUCUCAGGACCCUGGAGCAUUGAUGGCCCCCAUUUACACUUACACUAAGGACUUUAGACUUUCUCAGGAUGACAUCAAAGGCAUCCAGGAGCUCUACGGUGUGCCAACAGACAAGCCUUUGCCUCCAACCCAGGGCCCAGUCACUCCAAUGGACAUCUGUAAAGAGCCAGUUAUCUUUGAUGCUGUAGCACAGAUCAGAGGGGAGACCUUCUUCUUCAAGGACAGGUUCCUGUUCAGGUCAGUCAACUUCAGAAGCAAGCCCAAUGGCCCAAUGCUAGUGGCCACCUACUGGCCAGAUCUGCCGUCCAAGAUAGAUGCUGCCUAUGAAAAUCCAGUGGAGGAAAAAACAGUGUUCUUCUCAGGCAACGAGAUGUGGGUCUACAAAGCAGAUGCACUGGAGACAGGUUAUCCAAAGAGGCUCUCCAGCCUUGACCUCCCCACUGACCUGCAGCAAAUUGAUGCUGCUUUCAACUUCAGGAAGAACAGGAAGACUUACUUGUUCGCUGAGGACAAAUUCUGGAGAUACGAUGAAGAUAGGAAGAGGAUGGACCCUGGCUUCCCCAAACUUAUUGCUGAUUCCUGGAAUGGCCUCCCAGAUGGCAUAGACUCUGCCUUCAGUCUGAAUGGCAUUGAUUACAGCUACUUCUUCAAAGGUAACCACUAUUUCAAACUGGAAGACAACAGCUUGAAGAUUGUCAAGUUGGGUGAAAUCACAAAGGACUGGCUCGGUUGUUGAGCAUUUCCAAAAUGUCUCACAACUGGCUAAUUCCUGUAUUGACAUCUGGCCUCAUGAGGACAUUGCCAUAGUGUGGCACACAACUUGCGAUCACCGCAGUGCACACUGUUGUAAGUUUUUAUCCCGGCAACUCUACACGCUUCUGUGGGAGACAUGUCCCUUCCAGCCUGUAUAACCAGCUUUGUAGAAAGGCACCUUGGGACCUUAUACACAGGCUGAACAUAGGCAACUGGAUACUUGCUAUAUUACUGUGUGAUAUUGACUUUUCAUUUGUAAUGCUGAUGCAGAUUUAUUACAAUAUGUACCCCCGUUUUAUUGUUUUAUAGUUUUUUUGUUUGUUUUUUAAAAA